GCCCCAGGAAUGACGGUGAACGUCCCCCUGUGUUUUAGGGGAAAGAAGAUCCUGGCUCCCAUGGUGCGGGUGGGAACGUUACCCAUGCGCCUUCUUGCUCUGGACUAUGGUGCUGAUAUCGUGUACUGCGAGGAGCUGAUUGACAUAAAGAUGCUGCAGUGUAAGAGGGUUAUAAAUGAGGUACUUGAAACAGUGGACUUUGUUGCACCUAAUGAAAGAGUUGUUUUCAGAACUUGUGAAAGGGAGAGGCACUGUGUUGUCUUUCAGAUGGGAUCAGCAGAUGCUGAAAGAGCCCUGGCAGUAGCUAAGCUUGUGUAAAGUGAUGUAGCUGGUAUUGAUAUCAACAUGGGAUGCCCAAAAGAAUAUUCUACUAAGG